GCGGCACCGGCCCCCCUGGAUGGCAUGUGGCUGGUCACUUCUUGCCUCCUGCUGCUCAACUCCUGGACCAGCCCAGCGCACACUGAAGAUGUGGGUACCAGCCUCUAUUUUGUGAACGACUCCAUCCAGCAGGUGACCUUCUCCAGCUCUGUGGGAGUGGUCAUCCCGUGCCCAGCAGCAGGAUCACCCAGUGCCACCCUUCGCUGGUACCUUGCAACUGGGGAUGACAUCUACGAUGUCCCACACAUCCGCCACGUCCAUGCCAACGGGACGCUUCAACUUUACCCCUUUUCGCCAUCUGCCUUCAACAGCUUCAUCCACGACAAUGUUUACUUCUGCACUGCGGAGAACUCCGUGGGCAAAAUCAGGAGCCCAAACAUCCGGGUCAAAGCAGUGUUCAGGGAACCUUACACAGUUCGAGUGGAGGAUCAGAGAUCAAUGCGUGGAAACGUGGCUGUAUUUAAGUGCCUCAUUCCUUCUUCAGUGCAAGAAUAUGUCAAUGUUGUAUCCUGGGAGAAAGACACGGUUUCUAUCAUCUCUGAAAAUAGGUUUUUCAUUACUUUCUAUGGUGGGUUGUACAUAUCAGACGUCCAGAAGGAAGACGCCCUCUCCACCUACAGAUGCAUUACAAAACACAAGUACAGUGGGGAGACGCGGCAGAGCAAUGGUGCCCGCUUGUCUGUCUCAGACCCAGCAGAGUCCAUCCCAACCAUCCUAGACAGCUUCCAGGACCAAGAAGCCAAGGUGGGGCAACUAGUGGAACUGCCAUGCAUUGCCUCUGGGUACCCGAAUCCUGCCAUCCGAUGGGUAAAGGAUGGAAGGCCCCUGCCUGCUGACAGUCGAUGGACCAAGCGUAUCACAGGCCUGAUGAUCAGUGAUUUGCGUGUGGAAGACAGUGGGACCUACAUCUGUGAAAUCACAAACACUUUUGGGUCUGCUGAGGUCACUGGGAUCCUGGCAGUAAUUGAGCCACUGCGGGUCACACUCACACCAAAGAAGCUGAAGACUGGCAUUGGAAGCACUGUCAUCCUCUCUGGUGCACUUUCUGGCUCGCCGGAAUACUCCAUCCGUUGGUUCCGCAAUACAGAGCUGGUGGUUCCAGAUGACUUUGUCGCCAUCCGGGGAAUCCACAAUGAGACGCUGCUCAUCACAGCUGCCCAAAAGAGCCACUCAGGGGCCUACCAGUGUUUUGCCACCAGGAAGGUCCAGACAGCCCAGGACUUUGCCGUAAUUGUCUUGGAGGACGGGACCCCCCGGAUUGUCUCCUCCUUCAGUGAGAAGGUGGUGAACCCUGGGGAGCCGUUCUCCCUGAUGUGUGCAGCCAAGGGAGCCCCUCCCCCCACCAUCACCUGGUCCUUGGAUGAUGAGCCCAUCCAGAGAGACGGCAGCCACCGCACCAACCAGUACACCAUGUCCGACGGCACCACCGUGAGCCACAUGAAUGUGACGGGCCCACACAUCAGGGACGGAGGAGUCUACCGAUGUACUGCGCGGAACUCGGUGGGCAGCGCCGAAUACCAAGCGCGAAUAAACGUAAGAGGCCCUCCCAGCAUCCGUGCCAUGAAGAACAUCACGGCUGUGGCAGGCCGGGACACCUUCAUCAACUGCCGGGUGAUUGGCUACCCGUAUUACUCAAUCAAGUGGUACAAGGACUCAUUACUCCUGCCGGACAACCACCGACAAGUGGUCUUUGAAAAUGGCACCCUCAAACUGAUGGAUGUCCAGAAGGGGAUGGACGAAGGAGAAUACCUUUGCAGCGUCCUCAUUCAGCCGCAGCUCUCGAUCAGCCAGAGCGUCCAUGUCACUGUGAAAGUUCCUCCUCUGAUCCAGCCCUUUGAGUUUCCUCCGGCCUCCAUCGGGCAGCUGCUGUACAUUCCGUGCGUGGUCUCUUCGGGCGAUAUGCCGAUCCGCAUCACUUGGAGGAAGGACGGGCAGGUGAUUGUCUCAGGCUCCGGCAUCACCAUCGAGAGCAAGGAGUUCAUGAGCUCCUUGCAGAUCUCCAGCGUCUCCCUGAAGCACAACGGCAACUACACCUGCAUUGCCAGCAAUGCCGCUGCCACCAUUAGCCGAGAGCGUCAGUUGAUUGUACGAGUGCCUCCUCGUUUUGUGGUCCAGCCCAACAAUCAGGAUGGGAUCUAUGGCAAAGCUGGGGUCUUGAACUGUUCGGUGGAUGGCUAUCCCCCUCCCAAAGUCAUGUGGAAACACGCUAAAGGCAGUGGGAACCCCCAGCAGUACCACCCUGUCCCCCUGACGGGCCGCAUCCAGAUCCUGCCAAACAGUUCACUGCUCAUCCGGCAUGUUUUAGAAGAGGACAUCGGCUAUUACCUGUGCCAGGCCAGCAACGGGGUUGGCACAGACAUCAGCAAGUCCAUGUUCCUCACCGUGAAGAUCCCAGCUAUGAUCACCUCCCACCCCAACACCACCAUCGCCAUCAAGGGCCAGGCUAAAGAGCUGAAUUGCACAGCUCGUGGUGAGCGCCCCAUUAUCAUUCGUUGGGAGAAAGGGGACACCGUGAUUGAUCCUGACCGAAACGUCCGAUACGCCAUCGCUACGAAGGAUAAUAGCGACGAGGUCAUCUCGACCCUCAAACUCAAGCCUGCUGAACGAGGAGACUCUGUUUUUUUUUCCUGCCAUGCGAUCAACUCCUAUGGGGAAGACCGAGGACUCAUUCAACUUACUGUACAAGAGCCACCGGACCCUCCAGAACUGGAGAUCCGAGAAGUGAAAGCCCGGAGUAUGAACUUACGGUGGACUCAGAGGUUUGAUGGCAACAGCAUCAUCACAGGCUUCGACAUUGAGUACAAGAAUAAGUCUGAUUCCUGGGACUUCAAGCAAUCCACCCGGAACAUCUCCCCCUCCAUUAACCAGGCCAAUAUCGUUGACCUUCACCCAGCCUCUGUAUACAGCAUCCGCAUGUUUUCAUUCAACAAGAUUGGCCGCAGUGAGCCGAGCAAGGAUCUGACCAUCAGCACGGAGGAAGCAGCUCCUGAUGGUCCCCCACUGGAUGUCACCUUGCAGCCAAUGACAUCCCAAAGCAUCCAGGUCACCUGGAAGGCCCCAAAGAAAGAACUCCAGAACGGGGUUAUCCGAGGCUACCAGAUCGGCUAUCGGGAGAACAGCCCAGGAAGCAGCGGGCAAUACAGCAUUGUGGAGAUGAAGGCCACAGGGGACAGUGAAGUCUACACCCUUGACAACCUGAAGAAAUUUGCCCAGUAUGGUGUGGUGGUGCAGGCCUUCAACCGGGCAGGCACCGGCCCAUCGUCAAGUGAAAUCAAUGCUACCACGCUGGAGGAUGGUAUGUCAAUGUCAAUGUCAAUGGCUUGGUGUUCAGCAGCUGUUGCAUUUUAUUUCAGCCCAGAUAGGCUUUCCUGCAAGAUGGUGCCCCUCUACCCAAAGCUGCUACUAUCUUUCCAAAGGCUGUUUCUGUUUCUGUUUUCCACACGUAAGCGGAUGUAUGUGAAGGCAGAGAUCACGGUUAGGAGAAGCAUGUGCGCUCCCCAGUUGGGUUUUAUUGUGCGCCAGGCAUUUUGGGGUUUCAGGUGCCUGCAAAAAGGUGGCAAUUUCUCUAUGGGAGGUAAAAUAAAUGGUAGUCACCAUUCUGUGGUGGUCACCAUUAGGACAAGCGUGUGUUUCCAUGGGGGAGAGCUCAGCUCUCGGAAAACAAAACCAAAGUUUCUUCCUCAAUGGGGGGAGAUGCAGAAUGUCACCACCACUCGGGAGCGAGCAGAGCUGCGGGGCAUGGAGAAGUUCACCAACUACAGCGUGCAAGUCCUGGCCUAUACCCAGGCAGGUGACGGAGUCCGCAGCAACGUCCUCCACAUCCAGACCAAGGAAGACAUUCCUGGUCCUCCUGCCGGGAUCAAAGCGGUGCCUUCCUCUGCCAGCAGUGUUGUGGUGUCUUGGCUGCCACCCUCAAAACCUAAUGGAGUUAUCCGGAAGUACACCAUUUUCUGCUCCAGCCCAGGCUCUGGCCAGCCGGCUCCCAGUGAGUACGAAACAAGCCCGGAGCAGCUGUUUUACCGCAUCGCACACCUGAACCGCGGGCAACAGUACCUGCUCUGGGUUGCUGCUGUCACAUCCGCAGGGCGGGGCAACAUGAGCGAGAAAGUCACCAUUGAGCCUGCUGGAAAAGCUCCAGCCAAGAUCAUCUCAUUUGGGGGCACCGUUACCACCCCGUGGAUGAAAGAUGUGCGGCUGCCAUGCAGUUCAGUGGGGGAUCCUCUCCCAGCUGUGAAGUGGACAAAAGACAGUGAUGAUUCGGCUAUUCCGGUCAUUUUGGAUGGUCAUCGCCAGAUCCAGUCCAACGGCACCCUGAUCCUGCGCUCUGUGAAAGCAGAGGACUCGGGCUAUUACACUUGCACUGCCACAAAUACCUGGGGAUUCGAUACCAUCAUUGUCAACUUACUGGUGCAAGUCCCUCCAGACCAGCCCCGGCUGAUGGUCUCCAAGACUUCGGCUUCAUCUAUCACCUUGGCCUGGAUCCCUGGGGACAAUGGCGGCAGCUCCAUCCGAGGCUUUGUGCUCCAGUACUCAGUGGAUAAUAGUGAGGAGUGGAAGGACGUGUUAAUUGCUUCCGCAGAGCGCUCCUUCAAGCUGGGCAGCCUGAAAUGCGGGACCUGGUACAAGGUGAAGCUGGCAGCCAAGAACAGCGUUGGAGCUGGUCGUAUCAGUGAGAUCAUUGAGGCCAAGACGCAUGGCAGAGAACCAUCUUUCAAUAAGGACCAACAUCUCUUCACCCACAUCAACUCCACCCAUGCCAGACUGAGUCUGCAAGGCUGGAAUAACGGGGGCUGCCCCAUUGUCGCAAUUGUCCUGGAGUUCCGACCCAAAAGCACCUGGGUCUGGCAGAGUCUGCGGGCUAAUUAUUCCAGUGAAGUCUUUCUGACAGACCUGCAUGAAGCCACUUGGUAUGAGCUGCGCAUGAAAGCAUGCAACAGUGCUGGCUGCGGCAAUGAGACCCUGCAGUUCGCCACCCUGGACUACGAUGGCAGCACCAUUCCGCCUAUUAAGUCUGCGCAAGGGGAAGGAGACGAUGUCAAGAAGCUCUUCACCAUCGCUUGCCCUGUCAUCUUGGCCACACUUGGCGUUGCCCUGCUCUUUGUUGUUCGAAAGAAGCGGAAGGAAAAGCGGCUGAAGCGUUUGCGAGAUGCCAAGAGUUUGGCUGAAAUGCUCAUCAGUAAGAAUAAUCGUAGCUUUGACACGCCCGUGAAGGGUCCACCGCAAGGCCCUCGGCUGCACAUCGACAUCCCCCGGGUUCAGCUGCUCAUUGAGGACAAGGAAGGGAUCAAGCAGAUCGGAGAUGACAAAGCAACAGUCCCCGUCUCUGACCCAGAAUUCAACCAGACGGUCAAUCCACAGACCUUCUGCACAGGGGUAUCACUACACCACCCAGCCCUGAUCCAGAACACGGGGCCUUUGAUUGACAUGUCUGACAUCCGCCCUGGCACAAAUCCUGUUUCAAGAAAAAGUGUGAAAUCCACACACAGUGCCCGGAACAGAUACUCCAGCCAGUGGACUCUCACCAAGUGCCAGGCCUCCACGCCAGCACGGACUCUGGCCUCUGACUGGAGAGCAGUUGGCUCCCAGCAUGGCAUCACAGUGACGGAGAGCGACAGUUUCAGUGCUAGUUUGUCCCAGGACACAGACAAAGGCCGAAACAGCAUGGUGUCCACAGAGAGUGCCUCGUCCACUUACGAAGAAUUGGCUCGGGCAUAUGAGCAUGCCAAGUUAGAGGAGCAGCUGCAGCAUGCCAAGUUUGAAAUCACAGAGUGCUUCAUUUCUGACAGCUCCUCCGACCAGAUGACCACUGGCACCAAUGAGAAUGCUGACAGCAUGACUUCCAUGAGCACUCCCUCCGAGCCAGGCAUCUGCCGUUUCACAGCCUCUCCUCCCAAACCACAGGACAGUGACCGUGGCAAGGGUGUAGCUGUGCCUAUCCCUCACCGAGCAAAUAAAAGUGACUACUGCAACCUGCCUUUGUAUAUGAAAUCCGAAACGUUCUUCCGCAAGCCAGACCUUCAAGACCCUUGUCCUGUAGUGCCACCCCGGGAAGCCUCCAUACGAAAUCUGGCUCGGGCUUACCACACACAAGCCAGACACUUGACUUUAGAUGCCAGCAGCAAAGCCUCGGCUGCGCCACACGCAACUGCAGCCACCACCUUACCUCAGAGAACUCUUGCCAUGCCAGGCUCGGCCAGUGGUGCCCCUCCUGCUGCUUCCACCGCUGCUCCUGCCCCGGCCCCUGAACCUAGCCCGGGUCCUGUUGCUGAGCCACGCUUGCCUACGCAUAGCAAGAUUGGAGGGUCGAAAGACUCCCUAUUAGAAAUGAGCACAUCUGGUGUAGGGAGGCCACAGAAGCAGGGAACCGGUGCCUACUCCAAAUCCUAUACACUGGUGUAGCAGGAAGGACAGCCAAGAUGCGGCUCUUUCUCCAAGUCAUUUGGAAUUCAGUGGAGCUCCUGUACAGAAGGGAUUUUUUGUUUUUGUAUAAAUGAAACUAUUUUUCUCUUCUCCAGAAUUGUGGGGGAAGUCACGAGGGCUCCAAGCAUUUGCAGGCAUUUCUUUUGUGGAAGAAGGCCUGCUCUCCUUUCAGUGUUGCGGAAGGGGAUGCUGAAUUCUGAUGGGCACAGGCUCUUUCCCAUCCUCUCAUCACCCUCAUCACGCAGCCUGGUGUUUUUUUUAAACAACCCUUUGGGACACUGCAUGUUGUUUUAAUGUUUGGUAAACCAUGGGAUUUGCUUCCAGUUGCAUCUGCCUGUGUUAAUACUUUUUUCUAUUUAAAAAAAAAGCCAGUGCAGUGUGCAAUAAAAGUUAUG